UGAGUCAAAGAUUACCUCAAGAACCAAAAUUUAAACCAGAGGAAACUUCCCAUGUUUACAUUAUUCCGUUUCCUAUCUUCUCUUCAUACUUGUCCUCUACUUCACAUAUAUAUAUGUGUGUGUGUGUAUAUAUAUAUUAUAAUACGAUGAAAAUGAGAACCCAACAAAAAAUAAUGCCGACUUGACAUCUUCUCCAAUAAUCGUACUUGGUCUUAUUAUUAAACUCCAAAACGUUAUACCUCUAUCAUUCUUUUGCGUGGUUAACUUGCUACCAAUAUAUAUAUACACGCAAAAUAUCAUAUUUAUAUAUAUUCAAAGAGGAAGAGAAGAGCUAAAGAGAAAAGAUCUCAUCAGCUUUGCUGAGAUGAGCAACGUUGGAUCAAUAGUGGAGAGGGCUGUAAGCAGCCUAGGCAAAGGAUUCGAUUUGACAUCGGAUUUUCGGCUCAAGUAUUGCAAAGGACAAGAAAGAUUGAUUUUGCUUAACGAAACAGAGAAACGAGAGAUCGUAGUUCCCUCCUUUGGUGUCGUCAAAGAUGUUCCCAUCGAUAUCAAAUGCGAUAAAGGCGAUCGUCUUCGAUACCAAUCCGAUAUACUCGAGUUCCAUAAGAUGUCGGAGCUUUUCAAUCGAAAAGCGGCAGUGCCAGGGAAAAUACCGUCGGGAUCGUUCAAUGCCAUGUUUGGCUUCGAUGGAGGUUCGUGGGCGAGCGAUGCGGGAAAUAUAAAGUAUCUAGGUUUUGAUGGAUAUUUCAUCACUCUGUUUAAUGUUCAUAUCGAUCGUUUUCCGCUUGUGCUGUCGGAUGAAGUCGUCGAUGCAGUUCCUUCUACCUGGGAUCCUCGUGCUUUGGCAAGAUUCAUAGAGAAAUAUGGGACGCAUGUAAUUGUGGGUCUGAGCGUUGGUGGACACGACGUCGUUUUGGUGAAGCAAGAGAAAUCAUCGAACCUGUGCCCCUCCCAGCUCAGACAACAUCUUGAUGACCUUGGUGAUCAAUUGUUCACCGGCGCCUGCACCUUGAGACCCAACUCUAAAGAACACAGAAACAAGGUGCCAGAAGCUUUUAAAGUGUUUGACCCGCAAAAUAUUCCAUUCAGUAGCUUCUCUACCGUCAAUAAAAAAGAUGGAAUAACAGUAAUAUGCUCCAAAAGGGGAGGAGAUCUAAUGGCCAGAAGCCACUGCGAGUGGCUUCCCACAGUUUCAUCAAUGCCGGACGCCGUCCAUUUUAGCUUUAUCCCUAUCACUUCUCUCCUCAACCGACGCCCUGGAAAAGGCUUCUUGUCUCACGCUAUCAAUCUUUAUCUUCGCUAUAAACCUCCAUUGCAUGAUUUACAGUAUUUUCUCGACUUCCAAUCACACAAAAUUUGGGCUCCAAUCCACAACGAUCUUCCUCUUGCCGCCGCCACUAACAGAGCCGGUGCCGGUUCAUCACCGGCUCUGCAAUUAAACUUGAUGGGUCCUAAACUCUUUGUUAACACCGCUAAGGUUACAUCUAGAAAUCUACCCGUCACGGGGAUGCGAUUGUACCUUGAAGGCAUGAAAUGCAAUAGAUUAGCAAUUCAUCUUCAACAUUUAUCAAAUCUCCCAACAAUUCUCAGAAACAAGAUAGACGACGACGUACAGUUCUGGCGAGGAUCGGAAGACAUGGCCGAUGUUCGAUACUUGGAAGCUAUACAGAGUAAAAGGUUUUCCCACGUCAGUACAGCUCGCGUUAAGUACAACCCAAGCUGGAGUGACCGAAAUGACGUCGUCUUCAUUGUAACCGGAGCUCAACUCCAUGUCACGAAACACGAAUCCAGGACUGUUCUCCAUCUCCGGCUUUUAUUCUCCAAAGUCUCAAACGCCUUCAUUGUGCAGUCAAAUUGGGCUGAAGGGGCUUCGGAGUUCUCACAGAAAUCUGGGAUAUUCUCUGCAUUUAGCAUGUCUAUUUCGGGGAAUCCUGUUAAGGCGAAACAAGAGGCAGUAGUCGUGGUGGAUUCCAGUGUGUUCCCUACCGGACCUCCGGUGCCGGUACGGACAAAUAAGUUGUUGAAGUUUGUAGAUACGUCGCAGCUGCGUAGGGGUCCGCAGGACAGUCCUGGACAUUGGCUUGUGACCGGAGCAAAGCUGGAACUGGAGAAGGGGAAGAUUUGUUUGCACGUGAAAUUCUCUUUGGUAAACAUGUAUAGAUGACGGAGUAAAAAAGGUGAGGAAGUGAAUGGAUUUUCAUGAUUUUGAACAGAGAGGCAGCAGAAUCUGGUGGAGGAAAA